CAAGUUACAAGUUCCGCACACAAGUGCGGGUGUGUCCGUAAAAGCCGGGGGGGCCAUGGACGUUGUAUUGGUAUUGAUGCGGGUACGCGGGAGGUCAUCUUCAUUCUCCCUCGUUCGCUUCAGGGUGAAGCGCCUGAGCGCAACGUGCCUGGGCUCCCAAAUUUCCGAGAGGUACCUGGCCAAUGCCAGGGGUGGCGCCUCAGUCAUAAUGGUGCGCAUGCUGCGCCCCUUAAAGACUAGAUCACCAUCGUACUUAGCCCGUAUGCUCUUGUAAGCGGGACAAUCCCCGAAAACAUGCAACUCAUCUUCAACCGCUCCACAGUCACAAAGCCUGCAGCGACAAGCCUUGGCUCCGGUGAUCCCUAUGGGGAAAACGCGGGGGUCACCCAAGGUAUUCGGGCACUCCCACCGUGCAUCAAGCCGCUUGGCAAACACCUUAAGAAUGCUCUCAACUGGCAAUUUAAGGGUGGCGUAAGACGCCACCUUCGCAUGGCGGCGUUGGCGGAUUCGUCGUUGCUUUUUGCAGCUAAAAGGGUUUCAAUGGUUUAUAUUCAGUCGCCAUGCAUGAUGUGCAGCUGUCCUUUGUACUGCCUCAUACUGCCGGGGCUUAGCGUUGCUGCUUGGUUGUGUCCUUGGAAGUUCGCGGCUGGAUACGCGAGUAAGAAUUCGCGGCUGGGUAUGCAGAUCGAGCCUCCGGACCUACCAGCCGAGGCGAUCGGCCAGCAGCCUGCCAACUACAGGAAGAACUUCCGCAAGACAGUAUGUACGUACUGGCUGAGAGGUCUCUGCAUGAAGGGCGACGCGUGCGGCUUCCUGCACCAGUUCGUGUCGGACCGCAUGCCCGUAUGCCGCAACCUCCUCAAGUACGGCGAAUGUCACGACCAGGAUUGUCCGUACAAGCACUCCUUGGAUGAGAUUAAGGAAUGCAACAUGUAUAAACUUGGGUUUUGCAUCUACGGGCCAGUGUGCCGGUACAAGCACAUCAAGAACCCCGGUCCGCCUCCCGACCCGGAGGAGGUGGAGGCUGCCAAACCCCGGGAGUACCGCAACAUCAACGUGGUGGUCAACCAGGUUAAUCCAGGAGUUGCACGUGAUGAUGAGCGGCCCCUCAAGCGAGCCAGGCCCCCACUAACGGGUUGGGAGAGGGACCGAGUGGGUGACAGAGACCGAGACCGGCCUCUGGCGCUGCCGGCACCGCCGCCGCCGUCGUCACAAGCGGCAGCAGGAGGCGGCGGGCCGGGAGGUCGCCACGGCAUGGAGGGGGGCCCGCCUUUCAGUGGCCGCGGGGGCCGCGGCGGCAUGGGCGACCGCGGGGGCGGCCGUGGCGGCGGUCGCGGGCGUGGGGGCGGCGGGUGGCACGGCGGUGCCGACGAUCUUGAUGGCGGCGGUGGCGGCGGCGGCGGAAUGCAUCCCGGCGGCCGCGACCAGACGACCGUCGGCAUGCCCCCGGUCACAGCUCCCAACCCCGGCGCCUUGCCGCCGAUGGCAGGACUGAUCGCGCCUGUCAUGCCGGGCAUCAUGCCCGGAGGGGUGCCGGGGCAGGGGAUGGCAGGGCCAGGCGGCGGUGGUGGCGGUGGCGGUGGUGGCGGCGGGCCUCCGCCACCUAUGGGGCCGCCGCCCGGACCUGGUGGCGGCGGCGGUGCCAUGGGUCAUUUUGACGGGGGGCUCUUUGCAGCCAUGGCGGGACAGGAAGAGGCAAACAAGAGCCAAAUCCUGCGGGAUGAUGAUGACCUGGGGGGUUUCAGGGGGGUUUCAGGGCACCCUCCGCUUUUCCUGUCAGGUGAAGGUCAGGCGAACACCUCCACCAUCAAGACGAACCCAGACGACGGAUAUGAGAUGUGCACGGGGGGAGGGUUCGAAUGUUUCAUAAUCUUACGGAACUUCAACCUUAGGUGGGGUUGGGGUAAGGAGGUUUUCAUUCAGGACGUUAGGGCAACAAGCGGAGGAGUCGGUCCCCACUCCGGCGGACACCUGGGGCACAUGGCGCGGCCGCCCGCGGUCCCCUCCAGCGCCGAGGCCCGGUUCAUUCAACCCGUUGUGACCUGGCGGGAUGCUUUUACCGGGUCCCGAAUGUGUCCAGCUCUGACAAGCACUAGGAAAUUGACCCCGGGUCAACAUUCGGAGCGGAACGGCAAGACAGGCUGUCGCCAGGAGGUUUUAUUACGGAGCAAGGCACCUGAUGCGCGACUGUGCGUGGCUCUCCGUGACAUUCAAUGUGGACGAAUGGUUUCCGUUCCCACCAGGCUCCGUUAG